CUGAUUUCAACGUCGUUAUUUUCGAUUCUACACUCGUAUCUUUCUCUUCUACACCUUCCCCCCAUUCUUUUUGAUUCCUCAAGACGACGAAUAUGGCCGGUAGUUCACUGUAUAUGCCGGUCCCCGAGGACUUCCGGCUGUCUACUUGGUUGGCUAUUGGCGCCUGCAUUUAUGCAAUUGCAGAGCGAUGGUUUCCAUUCUGGGUAGUCGUCCAGUUCCCAAUACUGUUACUUGCGGCUCGGACAAUCCAGGCAACACUUAUGGCUAGAGGUCUGUUGACUAGCGGACGGUCAAACACGGUUCCAGGGCGAUAUUCAACAAGAAUUCCAGCUUCAAAUCCAGAGGACCAGGGAAUCGUCGUGUUUGUCCUAGGCGCACGAAUAAACCACCCUAUGGGUCGCUUAGCGCCUGGAUUUCUUGACGCAGGAACGAUCUUUACGGGUAUGUGGCGGGAGUGUAAUAGGAACCGCAAGAAAUAUGGGUACCUUGGCAAAACGAGCACUUUAAUGGCAUCGCAAGAGGAAGGCGGGUUGACAAUGGUCUGGCUCACAUACUGGAAGACCGUCGAAGGCCUACGGGACUUCGGAGCUAGUGAUGCGCAUCGCGCCCUUCAAAUACCGUGGCUAGCGAAAAAGUAUCCAUACCUAGGGAUUAUGCACGAGACGUACUCGGCGCCGAAGGGAAACUGGGAGACCAUUUACCAUCACUUUCAGCCAUUUGGCAUGGGGAAGACGAAGUUCAUGGUUGGGCCAAGUUUGACCGACGACAGCAAUGCUGCGGAUCGGGAAAAGAGGCUAAGAUUUGCCAGUCCGCUCGUCAAGGCAGAAGGUCGCGAAAUGAGAUCCAUGUUCAGCCGGAUGGGAAGGGGAGAGGAUAUCGCAUUGGCUCGGUGGAAUCCGGAAGCCAAGGACUUCGACGAGUAAGAUGCCAGUGGGUCACGUGUACUGGGGUCCCUGGGUGCGUGACUAGCCGCGUGUUUUUGGGGGUCAGAAAACUCAUUUUGAUGGUGUCAUGUAACAGUUGAAUGCACAUUAAAUUCGGCCCGCG